AUGGUGCGAGAGCCGGAGCAGGGGGGUGGGCGCUGGCCCCAGCCAGUAGAGAAGUGGGGUCAAUGGACGCUUACCAUGCCCGGCCAUUAUGCCCUAAGACUGGCAUGUGUUCUUCCACAGAUUGUCUUCUACGAGGACAAGAACUUCCAGGGCCGCCGCUAUGAGUGCGACAGCGACUGCUCAGACUUCCACACCUACCUGAGCCGCUGCAACUCCAUCCGGGUGGAGAGUGGGGCCUGGGUGGUGUACGAGAGGCCCAACUACAUGGGCUACCAGUAUGUCCUGACCAGGGGGGAGUACCCAGAGUACCAGCGCUGGAUGGGACUCAACGACCGCCUCAGCUCCUGCAAGAUGAUCCACUUUACCAGUGGGACCCAGUACAAGAUGCAGCUCUAUGAGAAGGCAGACUUCGGGGGCCAGGCCUACGAGGCCACAGAGGACUGCCCCUCCCUUCUGGAGAAGUUCCGCUGGAGGGAAGUCAACUCCUGCAAGGUCUUCGACGGCUGGUGGGUUUUCUAUGAGCACCCCAACUACCGUGGACGCCAGUACUUCCUGGAGAAGGGGGAAUACCGCAAGCCUGGCGACUGGGGUGCUGCCAGUCCUACAGUCCAGUCCUUCAGGCGCUUCACCGAAUGA